AUGGCCGGAAUUGGAAUAAAGAAUUUCAUAUAUAGCGAUCGUGAAGUGGAUUUGUUACAUGACGAAAAACCAAUCAAUUCUUCUCAUCCAAAUGCUUAUCUUCAUAGUUGUUUACAUGAUUAUUCACAUCUAAUCACAAACAAAUAUAUGUCAGAUGAAUGGGAUGAAUUGAUUUCGAUUAGUUAUGAUCAUAAAUUUCAAGAUAUUAAAAAAAGUCAUCAAGCAAAAUUGAAUUCAGUAGGUCAGAAACGUCAUUGGCUACUUGACUAUACUUUUAUCAAGGACGAAGAUAUACUCAAACAUCGUGGAAAAGAUGCAAGCAAUUAUUUAUUAUUUCAACGUUAUAUUAUCUAUAUUUUGACAUUCCUUUCCAUUGUUUCAAUGACAAUUCUUACUCCAGUCAAUAUGUCUGGUGGUAACAGUCUUAGUACAUAUUAUGAAAUGACAACAAUCAACAAUGUUAAAAAAACUUCAUCACUACUUUGGAUACAUACAAUAACAGCGGUUGUCAUUGUAAUCAUUGGAAUUUUCAUAAUGAAAAAAUUCUCUGAUUACAUAUUUUUACCUCAACAAGAAUCAACUGGUCAAACCAUUUUGAUACAGAAUCUUCCUAAAAAGGCUCGUGAUGCACAAAAAUUGAAAAAAUUCAUUGAAGUCAAUUUUAGUGAUGUCGAAGUUACACGAAUUACAUAUACUUAUGAAAUAGAAACGAUAAGAAAUUUACAAAAAGAUAUGAAAGCAUUCCAAUUUUCAUUAGAUUAUUGUGAACAAUAUCAACGACAUUAUGGUCGUCCGCUAUUGGUACGGCCAUAUAUGUUUGGUCUGAUUUGUCCACAAUGUCCAUUGUGUGGUAUAUGUUAUUAUCAGCAUCAAUUCUAUGAAUGUCAGAGACAAAUCGAAAUCGAAGUGAUCAAAACAAUAAAUCAACCUCAACAUGCUGCAUUUGUUCGACUGAAAAAUUCUAUGAUGGCUCAAAAAAUAUUGGAUCACUUUGAAAUCACUCAACAUACUCGUUUAUUGUACAGUAUAUAUUCAUGUGCACAAAAAUUUUGCAAUUUUGAUUGCAGUGAUUAUAGCGACGAUGACCCAUAUGGUUAUAAUCAAUGGAUAACACAAUCGGCACCAUUUCCUGAAGAUGUUGAAUGGAACGAUAUUAUUAUGAACAAUCGCACAUCGUAUAUUUGUUCAUUUGUACUCAACUUGUUGACAAUUAUCAUUUUUUUGUUUCUUACCACUCCAAUUGUUGCGAUGAAUUUUUUACAGGAAAUAUUAAUUUUCGGAAUGGACAUAUCGAUAGAAGAUAAUGAAGAAAAACAGAUAAGCAUUGGUUUCCUUCAGAUAAAAUGGGCAAAAUACCUUAGCGCAUUGAUAAUGAAUGGAUUGGCAUGCAUUCUACCGAAUCUGAUUAUGUUGAUCGAAUUAUUCGUUCCACAAACAAGUAAAUCGGAGAAGAAUUCGAAAAUAAUGAGAAUGGUUUACUUGUAUCUAAUAUUGAUGGUGCUCAUAUUUCCUUCACUUGGACUCAUGUCGGGACAAUUAUUGAUUAAAAAAAUUACUGAUAAAUCAUUUCCAAGAGAUUUUUACAAAUGUCUAUUUCCGGCAACUAGUAGCCAAUUCUUCAUCUAUUACGUCAUCUCAUGUAUAUUCAUAAAUACUCCAGUGGAACUAUUACGUUUGCCUGAACUAGGAUCAUAUGUAUUCAAUUGCAUAAUCCAUUAUCCUAAAACAGAGGCGGAAUAUGGACGUGCCCGUAUGGAAACAAAUUUUCAAUUUAGUUAUGGUUCAAACUACCCACGUUUUCUAUUAAUAUUCACUAUUGUUAUAACAUAUAGUAUUGCCAGUCCCAUAUUAGCACCAUUGGGUAAGCAUUUAUUUUGUUUUUAA